AUGGCGCAACAACCGCUCUCUUCGGCAGUCCCGCCCACCGACAUUUACGGCGGCGAUGAAGUCUCCGCGCUCGUGCUCGACCCGGGCUACUGCAGCACCCGCGCCGGCUGGGCGGGCGAGGACGUGCCCAAGUCCAUCCUCCCUUCCUUCUACGGCCACAUUGGCAGCACCAACACCAACCUCUUUGGCGAUGAGUACCUGAUCCCGCGCGAGGGGCUCGAGGUCCGCAACUACAUGAAUCGCGACAGCGUGGUCGAGGACUGGGACGUCGCGCCCAAGUUCUGGGAGAAUAUGCUCGUCAAGAGGCUGCAGCCCGAGCGACCGACAGCCCCAAGCAAGAACGGCCUAAACGACGACCCCAAAAAGGACGGCGAGGGGGACGUAUCGAUGGACGGGGCGGCAGAAGAGGCGGCGGCCGAGGCGCAGGAGGAGCAGGAGAAGGCCCUGCAGGAGAAUCCGCUGCUGGUGACCGAGGCGCCGUGGAACACGUCCAAGGCGCGGGAGAAGACGACCGAGGUCAUCAUGGAGACAUGGGGCUGCCCGGCCUUCUGGCUAAGCCGCACGCCCACGCUGUCGGCAUUUGCGGCCGGCAAGGCGACGGCGUUGGUGAUUGACGUCGGGGGCUCCAACACCAACGUCACCGCCGUGCACGACGGCAUGGUCCUCAAGCGGUCCAUCCAGCGCUCGCCCGUCGGCGGGCUUUGGCUGUCCUCGCAGAUCCGCAGCAUGUUCGAGCACGCGGAGCCCAAGGUGGCCCUCACGCCAACCUACCUCAUCGAGAACAAGACCCCCGUCGACGCCCUCGCGCCCGCCCAGGCCCGGCUGCGCAAAUUCCCCUUUUCAAUCGCGGAUAGCUUCCGCCGGUACGAGGAGGAGCGUGUCCUGACCGAGUUCAAAGAGUCCGUCGUGGAGGUGUGGCGCGGCAACCCGGGCCCGUACCGCGCACAGGGCACCGAGGACUUUAUCAAGACCCAGCCCGGGCGCGUGUUUGAGAUGCCGGACGGCUACAACCAGAUGUGGCGCGAGCAGCGGUACCGCGCGAGCGAGGGCAUGUUUGACGAGAGCGUCGGGUACCCCCUCCCCGAGGCGGAGCGCAUCACCAAGGAGCAGACGAUCCCGUCCCUUAUCCGCACGGCGCUGGAGGCGGUCGAUGUCGACCUGCGCCCCAACCUGCUGGGCAACGUCGUCGUCACCGGCGCCACAAGCCUGAUCAACGGCUUCAAUGACCGUCUGAACAAUGAGCUGAUUGGCAUGUACCCCGGUGUGAAGAUCAAGAUCCACGCGGCUGGUCUCACGAGCGAGAGGCGCUUUGGAGCCUGGGUCGGCGGCAGCAUCCUGUCGAGUCUGGGCACAUUCCACCAGAUGUGGAUUUCGCGCAAGGAGUACGAGGAGAAUGGCCCUGGCAUCGUUGAGAAGAGGUGCAAGUAG